AUGUUUCGUCAAAUAGGAACUCAAAAUUUGACAAGUUGUUAUACAAAACAAAUAAAUGUCAUUUUACGAAAAAUCAAAAGAAAAUAUUCAAUUGGUUGUCCUUGCCCGGAUCCGAAUAAGAUAAAAACCGUUCAUCAAUGUCCAUCGAAAAUUAAAAUCACUUUAUGUGGUGCAAAUGGACAACUCGGACAAAUAAUUGCUUUUUUACUUAAACAAUCUCCACUCGUGAACGUGUUAACCCUUUACGACAUUGACAAAACCUACGGUAUGGCCAUGGAUUUGUCACACAUAGAUACAAGUUGUCGUGUACAAUCAUAUUGGGGUUGUGAAAAUUUAAAUGAAGCUUUGCGUGAUUCACAUAUAAUACUAAUUUGUGCGGGUGUUGGAAGAGCCCCAGGUAUGACACACAAUGAUUUAUUUGAAUAUAAUGCUCCCGUUGUUAAACAUUUAGCCGAUGCAAUUAUAUCAGUUAAUCCAAAAGCAUUGAUUGGUAUAUUGACAAAUCCAAUCAAUAGUUUUGUUCCAAUGGUGUCACGUCAACUCAAAUUGGCAAAUAAAUACGAUUCGAGAAAAAUAUUUGGAAUAACAACGAUAGACGCUAUGAGAGCAAGUACGAUUGUUUCUAAUGACAUAUUAGGUGGUACAGUAGAUCCAGGUGAAUUUCUCGUACCUGUUAUCGGUGGACACAGUUCUAAAUCGAUCGUACCUGUUUUAUCGCAAACAUCUCCCUGCGUGCAAAUUCCAAAAUCACUUUACGAGUAUUUAAUUGAUAAAAUCCGACAUUCAUCUUGUCUUGUAACAACAUUAAAAGAAAAAGGCGGACCCAGAUUAUCAGUUGCAUUGGGAGCAACAAGGUUUACACAUAAUUUGAUCAGGGGGUUAAGAAAUGAAAAAGACGUCAUAGAUUUAGCAUACGUUUAUUCGAACGCGGUACCAGGUGUGAGUUAUUUUGCCGGACCCAUAGAACUCGGUCCGAAUGGUAUAAAAAAUAAUUUGGGUCUCGUGAGAGUCGAAGAACUUUAUGAGAAACCAUAUUUAAAAGAAGCAAUUAAAGAAUUAAAAUGCGAUAUACUACGGGGUGAAAGUUAUAUUAUAUCCCCGCCAAAUUUUUGUGUAAAAUCUUAA